CGCAUCGAUGUCACAGUACCGCGCUCACUUUAGGUUCUCAACUUACCGCGUGUUUUACAGGUUUUCCUGCCUUGGACAAUGUUACUUCCUCUGGCAACUCGGAAUAGUAUAUUUGAGAAGAUCAUUCAAGAUGGUGUGUUAACGGCAAGGAACGAUACCCGUCCAUGCUACACUCAUCCGACAAUCAACGUUCUAAAUCUUUAUGUCAUCAAGACAAUGCGAUCAUUAAAAUCUCGAGGAUAUGUUCGUGAACAGUACGCUUGGAGAACAUACUAUUGGUUCCUUACAGCUGAUGGGAUCAAUUAUUUGCGUGAGGUCUUGCACUUACCUUCUGAUAUUAUUCCAGCUACUCUAAAAGCUCCACCCCGGGAUAUUCGAACACCGGCUGUAGGAAUGGAUCAGGGUGGACAGCGUGGUCCGUCUGAUGGUCGUGUCGCGUUUAGAAGAGGACCUGUCACUCCUGGAAUGACUGGCUUCGGUACUCCUGGUAAAGAUGCAGCCAUUGGUGAUAGCGAGGUUCAUUUCCAUGGAGGCUAUGGUAGAGGUCGAUCUAUUGAAGCUCUUCUAUUUAAAUGGUGUAUAGGUGCUCGACUAUAUAGAUCUAGUAAAUGCUGAGAACAGUCAUAUAUCGAGGGCGAUCGUAGAGACAGUUCUGGGUUGUCUAUGGUCAAGUAGUGUCAGUAGGCACCCAAAAAUAAGUAAACAGUACUAGAUUUAGUGCCAAAAAGUGCAAACACCCAUAAUGUUCCUUACUAAUUUGUAUACUGACCUACUUUAACAGCUGAGUAAGUUCUAGGUUAAUCGAUCAGUAACUGGACUGAUGCAUCAGUCGAUACAAAUUUCCAGGUCUCUAAAUACCGUCUGAUUUUGUUCGACCGAACUCUGGGAAAAUUAGAAAAAUCGAAAACCUCUUGUUAUCACCAGUAUCAGUGUGGAAUUUCAAACUCGAGAUACUGUAUCAGAUUCAGCAGUAGCAUGUGGGUGUUACUCAGUGUAGGUUUAUCUGCUUGUCAGGUUCCAUUUCAUACUUUAUCUCCCUACUCGUGUUGUGUUUACGUAAGCGUCCGAUAACUCGUUUGUGCUCAGGUCGUGCAUGCUUCAAUGUGUUACUCUUAGUAAUUUCAAAACUUGUUAAGCUUCGAAGUAGAUCAAAUGUUAGUUUGCAGGCCCUCGAUGCAUAAGGUUGCGUUACUAGUUAUUACAUAUGUUGAUUACUAGUGAUAGAUUUGCUUAGUGUCCUAUCUUGUCUAACGAAACAUCUUAAACGAUGUAUUGAGUACGCUAUUUUCGGUCAUAUAUAACUUUCCUGAAAUGCAGUGUCA